UGAAAAACAAUAUAGAGUGGAAAAUUUAGAACCCCGUUUCCUCCUCCUGACUUCUGUGCCAAAGUCUAGCCAACAGUUUUCAAACUUCAAACUUUGUGGUUCCCAAUUUCUGUUGUUUUCUUUUUUUGAUCCUUCUUGUUUUUGGGUAUAGAGGGAAAGUGAGAGAUUAAUGGAGAGCAUAGCAUUGUGGCAAGGGGUGACUCUUGCUGGGAUUUUGUCAUGGAUUGUCAUUUCUUCAUGUCUCAACGUGACCCAAAUGAUUAGAUCUUUGGUUCAACCUUGGGUGACCCAUCAUGUCAUCACUGGCGCUCCUCUUAUUAUACAGAUCCAGAAGUAUGAGCAUGGAUUUUUGGAUGCUCUAUUCUCUGGGUUGUCCUGUGUUGUUUCUGUGCCCUUUUACACUGCUUUUCUUCCUCUGCUAUUCUGGAGUGGGCAUGGCAAAUUGGCUAGGCAAAUGACCCUUCUAAUGGCUUUCUGUGAUUAUACAGGGAAUUGCAUAAAGGAUGUGGUAUCAGCUCCUAGACCCAAGUGUCCUCCUGUUAGAAGAAUAACUGCCACAAAAGAUGAGGAAGAUAACGCUUUGGAGUACGGAUUGCCUUCUUCCCACACUCUUAACACUGUUUGCUUAUCUGGGUACCUAUUGCACUAUGUCCUGUCUUAUACCAAAAAUCAAGAUUUCUUUGUCGAGUUUGCUGGAUUUGCCAUUGUUUGCUUGCUUGUGGGCUUCAUUGGUUUGGGAAGAGUUUAUCUUGGCAUGCACAGUUUGAUUGAUAUCAUAGGUGGUCUUUCUAUUGGGUUGGCAAUCCUUGCAUUUUGGCUUGCUGUCCAUGACUAUGUUGAUGACUUCAUUGUCUCAGGACAAAAUGUCACGACCUUCUGGGCUGCCCUAAGCUUCUUGUUGCUUUUUGCUUAUCCAACUCCUGAAUUUCCUACUCCAAGUUUUGAGUACCAUACAGCCUUCAAUGGUGUUGCAUUUGGAAUUGUGGCUGGGAUUCAGCAAACAUACCACCAGUUCCACCAUGAAGCUGUACCACGCAUAUUUACCCAACUCACUGUCCCUGCCUUUUUGGGAAGAGCGCUUGUAGGAAUACUAACAAUACUCAUUGUGAAGUUCUGUAGCAAGGCCCUGGCAAAAUGGGUUCUUCCUGUGGUAUCAAACACGUUGAGCAUUCCCAUAAAAUCAACUAGUUAUAUACCCAUGCUAAAUGGAUCAGUAAGUGUUAAAAAAUCCGAUGAGAUCAAGCAAUCAGGUUAUAUCCAAAAGUUGCUAUUCUUCUUCUCUCACCAGAAUUCAUUUGAUGUCGAUACGGGUAUUAGAUUCCUCCAAUAUGCUGGUCUUGCUUGGUCCGUGGUUGAUCUAGUUCCUUCUCUUUUCACCCAUUUGAGGUUGUAAACUUGCAAUGCUCGGUGGCUAUUGUACCGUAUAUGCUUAGGGUGGUUUCCUUCUUUCUUUUUCCUUUCUCUUUUGUUUUUUGGAGGGGAGGCUAAGACUUUCAUCGGUGAUUAGCAAUUUAGCAUGGCUUUAAUACAUUUUAAUUUUGUAAAUUAAGUAAUUUUGUUCAGGUAGAACUCCAAUCGUUCUUCCCACUUACCUACUUCUAAUGGAAUUUGUUUUCUAGAA